AUGUGCACCCACGAAAACAACUUGUAAAGAUUCUGUCCUGAUUGCCAAGAUACUAUAGUACUACUCUAUAACUUUAGCUCUCUUGUGUAAACUAGCUAGAGCUCGCUAAGUGAAUUUUGUAGGCUAUGACAUGAGCUUCGCUAAAGUUCAAGGUAGAAUGCCACUCCUGCAAACUAAGAAACCUAACCCCAUUCCUCCUACGGGAUUAGGUUCCACUCCACUCCACCAGGAAAUACUAGAGCUCUCAGAACCAGACAAUUACUCCGAUAUUAAUGGCUACCCUACACUGCCAAGACCAAAAGUGAUUCUGUCUCUGCGUCAUUCUGAUGGUGGAACUUGGAGCAGAAAGCAAGCAUCCCUCUUACAAACUGUCCCUGUUAGGAUACUCGACAAGGAGCUAAAGAGAGCAAGGUCAUUAAGUCUAGACACAGCAACAAAAAGCACAGCAAUAACAAGCAGCAUCCUACAACAACCUCCUAAACAGAAAGCAGUCCAUCCUGAAAACGAAAAACAGUCAGAUAGUAGUAAACAUUCAAGUUCUAAAGUGAGAAUUGGUCGUUCUAAGUCACUGUGUUCACAUCACAGCAAGUUAUCCAGGAGUAGUAGCAGUCUACCUGCUUGCAAAAGUCCCCUACUAACCGACUCUCGAGAGCCCUCGUUAACACCACCUGCUCAACUCUCACCAACACAGGACAUGAGUAGCAACCACGGCAGAAUCCUGGCGAGAAAAACAGCCACAGAUACCGGCAAGGCUUCGUCAGGCGGAUCAAGAAAGCCGAAAAAAAUUAGCCGAGCAAUAACAUUCUCGUUUGGAGGUGGGAGUGACAAGAAAAGACGGACGUUGGGGUUUUUAGGAAAAUCGAAACGGGCUACUGAAGACCAAUAUGACGCCCCCUCAAGUCCUAUCCUAACUACUAGGAGGAACAGUCGAAUAAGUGGGUCAUCAAGUGUUCACGAUUUACAACGGAGGACUGGAACUGAAGAGAUUGAUUCGAGUGGACAUUGGGGACCAGUGCCUGUACACCCUCAUCACGAGGGGGGAGCUCUCCUCAAGAAUCACUUUGGCUCUUGUCGGGAUUUCCAUUCUAUUGAAGAAGAAGAGGAAUUGAGACAUCAACCUCGCGUUCCUUUGUACAUUCCUGUGAGAACAAACACAGAAAGUCCAGAUAUCAGCCCGACAUUUUCAGGCCUCUCUUCAAGACAAGACAGUGUCGAAUCCCUCUCUCUGAGCCUUCGCAGUGAGCCAACGCUUAGACGCUCUGUAAGCUCUCCUCCAAGUAGAAGCAACUCUCCGAAUGUAUGGAAAUCACAAGAAAAUCAUAUGACCACCACUCGUUCCCGUCAACGAAAGCUUUCUGACCCUGCCCAACUUGAUCCGGAGCUGGACAGUCCUCGAGGCAGUCGGAGUCCUACUUUGAAUGAAUCCAGUCCAAGAGGCUCACAUCUAAAGAAAAGGAAUACGUUUUGCGUCAGGGAGACUAAGCUCACACCAAAACCAGGAUGGCAUGAGAUGAGGCACCAUGUGGUAAGGUUUCUCCUGGAGACAGAACAAUCGUACGUUCAAAGUCUUCGUACUGUCAUUAAGGUGUACAUGGAGCCCCUUCAUCGCCCUCAGGCCAUUGCCCUCAUAGAACCACACCUGGCCAAAGACAUCUUCCACCAAAUACCAGAAAUUUACCAACUUCACGAGAAGUUUCUAGGACAAGUGGUAGCCCGAGUGGAGGGCUGGACUCCUGAGAGCAAGAUAGGAGAUGUUUUUGUCAAUACAUUUUCGAAGUGUCAUCUUAUGGACGUCUACAGGAAGUUCAUUGGAAAUUUCAUGAGAGCCAAGUCUGCUAUAGAGAUUGCUAAACAGGCCAAAACUGUGUUUGCAAAGUUCCUUGAGCAACGAGCCAAAGACAGCAAGGGUCGUUUCACACUCGACGAUCUCCUCAUAAAGCCAGUCCAGAGAAUACCUCGCUACGUUCUCUUCAUCAAGGACUUGCUCAAGCACACAUCUGUGGGUCAUCCUGACCACGCCCCUCUUCAACAGGCCCUGGGGGAACUCACGGCUCUGGCAGAGAGAGUGAAUGCCAGUGAACGAGAGAGAGGGAGGCUGGAGGAACAGAGGGAGCUCAUCACAGCCGUGGAAGGUCUCGCACAGUUGAUAAAGCCUCACAGCAGAUUUAUUCGCUACGAUAUGGUCACUGAGAUUAAGGGCAAUGUGCAGAAGAGAGAUCGAUUCCUCAUUCUGUUCUCGGACAUGGUGGUGUGUGCGUGUGCCCGACGCAAGAGUACAGGGUUCAUCCGAGGCUCUCUCCUUAACCUCAACUCACCGUUUUCAGACGCUCUCAAACACACGGUCAAGUGGCACGUUCCUCUCACAAAGGUCUCACGGGCGCAGUUACAAGGUCCAACUUUUGACAAGAGGAAACAGAACACCAUAGAGAAGAUACUGGACAACUUCAAGAGAGAUGAGAAGACUCUACAGCAGAUGGUGGAGCAGAGUAUCACCCUCCACACCCCUCACCAGUCUCUAGCCACUACUCUAAAGAACUUACAAGCAGACGUUCGGGAGAGAAUAGCUGAAAAACGAACUGAGCUGGAGAAUCUCCCGGUGGAGUCUGGUCGUAUUGACCUAGUCUCGUAUGUGACACCCUCACCAACACAGUACACAGUGGUGUUCCCCUCUCAAAGAAUUCGUAGCUCUUGGGAGGUAGAUUUCAUUAAGGCUAAAUCGGAUGCUGACCAACAGGCUCCACCCUAUACAAGAUUGGCCCCACCCACUUCCCCCGUCCCCCAAGUUCCAAAUGACUUGUUUUCUGAAUUCACAUUUGUCCAAUCAAUGGCCCUCCAGUCAGGCAGGGUAGGCACAGAGUUGACGUGUGGAUCCAUCGGUUUGCCUGUGGACUGUGAGUCCUCCAACUGUCUGUGGAUGUGUGCUGGGGACACUAAUGUGGGACAAAUCUCCAUUGUCGACCUCCUCCCCUCCACACCAUCACAUACCCUUGCUAACAUCACCGUUUCAGAUUCUCGAUUCAACUGCAUUGCUGCCGUCCCCAUCGACCCCCACACUCCACCCACGAGCGAGUCCUCUCUCCUACCUACUGUCUCAAUCGAAUCUUUCGGCUCCUCUAGCUCUCUCUCUUCUUGCAGCGACCAAGUCAGUAUUCUCGAUGAAGAGGCCAGUACAUUGGUCAGUAAUCUUAACGAUGAUGCUAGUAUUCUAGACGAUUCACUCAUUGUUACAAGAGAGAAUGGUGAGACUUUAGAUCACAUGUCUGGCCAGAUCAUCCAUCCCAAGGACAGGCUCUUAAUUGACUUGAGACAGAUAAGGUCCAACUCUGCCCCUCCAUUCCCAGAUCCCUCACUCGCUCUCAAUCAAGAGGCACCGUUUUCUCCACUCGAUAUCGCACGGUUCUCACCUUUGACCCUACAAUCCCCCCACGUAGACUUGGAAGGAAGUGGGAGUAAUCACUGCAUGUGGUUGGGCACUGAGAAUGGACAGCUGUUUGUGUACAGUCCUGGAGAUAACCUUCGCAGCCGAAGCAAUCGCCAGUGUGUGCAGUUGGAGGCCCCCAUCACAUGCAUCAAAUACCAUGAAAGUUUUGUGUAUGUGGGACUUUCUAACGGAGUUCUGGCCGUAUUUGAUGGCUCUAGUAGUCCAGGCUUGGGUCCUGUCAGUCGCGUGAGUGUGAGUAAUGUGUCUAUUGUGAGCUGUGUGCCCCUCGUGACUAGUGUGGGGGUGUGCUCGGGAGGUACCUUAUUCUCGCUUGCUGCUGACAAACAGACUUUGACUCCACUGGCUAUCCUCCCGUCUGGUCAGGUGAUCUGUGAUGCUGUGAGUGUGGCGUGUGGAGUGUGGGUGAGUGUAGUUGACUCACCCGUCCUCUAUCUCCUUCACAUACCCUCGGGGGAACUCCUUACCUGUGUGGACUGUACACUGGCCGUUAUGAGCAUCCUACAAGGCUUAAACCCGAUCAUCAGACAGCACAAGAGCUCCUCUCUGCAAGUGACUGCCCUCUGUGCCACGUCCACCCAUAUUAUUGCAGGCACUAGUGCUGGAGUCACCGUUGCAUUUCCACUGCCUGUCAUACAACACUCGUUUGAGCCACUCACUCUGACACAACCACCCAUUCCUGUUGCACUACCAAAGGGCCAUGUUGGACCAAUCAACUUUCUGACGUCAGUGGUACGAGAUAAAACUACGUUGUUGGUAACCGGUGGCAAUGGUUGUGAGGACUUGGUUUCCAUGACUAUAUCACAAGAUAUACCCGAAACUUGUAACUGUCUUUUAUUAUGGUCUUUUCAACAAUCAUUGUAAUGUACGUAACCAUCAAGGUUUUUUGUAUUGUUUCUAUUAUCUGAACUCUAUAAUUUAUAUUAUUAAAUUAUUAUGCUCAACUUAAUUGUAUAGCUCUAGGAAAAUCAUUUGCACUUUUCAGUCUUUAUACACAGCACUCAAUCAUCACUUAUUGUAUGAAUCAUGUGAUUUGCCAUCACUG